AUGUUGCUCUCCUCCGCCCGCACUGCGGCUCUCUCUGUCGGCCUUGGGCGCCGCUCGGUCAGCGCGAUCGCGUCCAAGUACUCCAGCGCCAUCUUCAAGGCGGCACUCGUCAAGCCCGCGCCAACGCUCAACAAGGUGGAGAACGAGCUGAGGACCAUCUCGUCCUUGAUCAAUACGGACCCCAAGCUCGCGACGUUCAUCACAAACCCGACGCUGUCCGCGAGGGACCGUCUCGCGGGGCUUGCUGGCCUCUUUACCGCGGCGGAGGGCACCGGCGCGAAGAAGGAGCCCGUGUCGGAGAUCACGAAAAACCUGUUUAUUGUCCUCUCGGAGAACGGCCGCCUCGCGGAGGCGCAGGGGGUCAUCGAGGGCUUUAAUGAGCUCCUCUCGAAGCACAAUGGCGAGCUGACCGUCACGAUCACGUCGGCCGCGCCGUUGGCGAAGGAUGUACAGACGCGUCUUGAGUCUGUUCUCAGGCAGUCGCAGGCGGCUAAGCAGGCGAAGACGGUGAAGGUGGCGAACAAGAUCAAUCCUGCUAUUCUCGGUGGCGUCGUUGUAGACUUUGGGGACAAGACGAUUGACCUGAGUGUCAUAUCGCGUGUAACACGGCUGAACAGCCUCCUUCAGCAAUCCGUAUAA